CGGCGGCGGCAGCGGCGGCGGUGAGCGCGGGCGGGCGCGCCGGGCGCGGGAGCUGCCGCCGUUGGGCCCCCCCGCGGCCUCCCCCCCCCCCCGAGCUCCGGACACCGUGCGGGGCAGGCCGGGCACCCGGGCUCCUCGGCUGGCCUGUGAGACCUGGCCGGGCCGGACUGGCCCACAGGCGCCUGUCACCAUGGAUGCCCAGUAUGUCCUCUGCCAGUGGAGAAAGCGCUUGUGGCCUGCCAAGGUCUUGGACAGACCUGAGACGUUCACCAAAUCUCAGAGGAAAAAGGAAUUUUUUCUCAAUGUUGAAAUCCUCUCCCUAGAUAAACAACUUAAGGUGAAGAGCUCGGCGGUGCAGACCCUGAGCCGCUCUCGAAUCGAAGACAUCGCCUCCUCGCUGGCCUCGCCGGACGCUGUGCCCAGCACGCCCGUGGAGGAACUGACCUACCGGCGCUCCCUUCGGGUGGCACUGGACCUUCUGAACCCCAGCACCCCCAGCCCUCGGGAGGCAGGAGCUCCGGAGGACGCCGGGACCCCCCUGGCCCCCGAAGCUGUCACUGACACCGCCACCGCGAGGGGGGACGCAGCUGGGCUUGGCGCUGGGGAGCAGGACCCGGCGCGGCAGGACCCGGCGGGCUCAGCUCCUUGGGAAGAGGAUCCCCAGUGCCCCUCGGACCCCAGCAGGGAGCCGGAGAGCCCGCAGCCCCCCGGGGCAGACCGGCCCCCCUCGGACCUUCCCGCUGCCCCCUGCUCGCCUCCUAGGGCCAGCGCCCCAGACUGUGACUGCGAGUUGCCUUCAGGGGACCCCACGGGGCCCCCAGAGUCCGGAGCUGGACCCCCCAAGCGACUGCGCCUGGACAGCAGCCGAGAGCCCGAGCCGGCACUGUCCACCGAGCCGGAGGCGAAAGCCUGCACCCCCCCACACAGCCCGCCGAGCCCGGGGCCCCCGGCCCCCGAGAAGCUGGAGGGAGCUGACUGGCCGUCCUGCGUGGAGUCCAUGGAGCUGAGCUCGAUUCAGUCUCUCCUGGAGGAAGAGGAGGACGACGAGGAGCCGCCCAGAAUCCUUUUAUAUCAUGAACCCCGCUCGUUUGAGGUUGGAAUGCUGGUCUGGCUCAAGUACCAAAAAUACCCCUUUUGGCCAGCGGUGGUCAAAAGCAUCCGGCGCCGGGACCGGAAGGCCAGCGUGCUCUUCAUCGAGGGCGACAUGGACCCCAAGGGCCGAGGCAUCGCCGUGUCCCUGCGGAGGCUGAAGCACUUUGACUGCAAGGAGAAGCAAGCCCUGCUGACUGAGGCCAAGGAGGAAUUCGAGCAGGCCAUUGGCUGGUGCGUGUCCCUCAUCACCGACUACAGGGUCCGCCUGGGCUGCGGCUCCUUCUCCGGCUCUUUCCUGGAGUACUACGCUGCUGACAUCAGCUACCCCGUGCGCAAGUCCAUCCAGCGGGACGUCCUGGGGACCCGCUUCCCGCCGCUGAGCGCGGGGGCCCCCGAGGAGCCAGCGGAGGGGAGCCCGUGGGGCCGGCGGCCCCCGUGCCGGAAGGUGCUCCCCGACCGCUCCCGCGCCGCCCGCGACCGCGCCAACCAGAAGCUGGUGGAGUACAUCGUGAAGGCGCGGGGCGCCGAGGGCCACCUGCGUGACAUCCUCAAGAACCGCAAGCAGUCGCGGUGGCUGAAGACCUUCCUGAGCUCGGCCCAGUGUGUGACGUGCGUGGAGACGUACUUGGAGGACGAGGCCCAGCUGGACCUGGUGGUGAAGUACCUGCAGGGCGUGUGCCGCGACGCGGGCCCCGGGCUGCUGGCGCGCAUCAACGGGGACCGGAUCCGCUUCAUCCUCGACGUGCUGCUGCCGGAGGCGGUCAUAUGUGCCAUCUCUGCCGUGGACGCUGUGGACUACAAGACGGCCGAGGAGAAGUACAUCAAGGGACCCUCGCUCGGCUACCGGGAGAGAGAGAUCUUUGACAACCAGCUCCUGGAAGAGAGGAGCCGCCGCGGCUGCUGAGGGCCCAGGCUGCGGGUGUGGGCUCCGGCCACCUGCCCCGCCCGCGCCCUGCAGCCCCCCUCCCGACCACCACCGGCGCCCCCGCCCCGCCCCCAGGCUCUCUCCCCUCACCCGGCCACCUCAGCUGUAGAUGCAGAUCCUGGGGGUUCCCCAUGGCAGGAGGCACCCCUUGGGUUCUGUUUUCCAGCACCAUCUGCUGCUGCCCCCGGGACUCCCUUUCUGGAAGGCUCUGCCGAGUCUGCAUGUUCCGGGGCAGAGUCUGACAAUCCGCAGUCCCUCGGGACCGCCACGCGCAGCUCCGGGAAUGUCGGGGAACAGCCCAGAAGCCUCCCCCUAGCCCCCCGCAACCCACCCUCGAUGGCCUCCUGCCAUGGCCCUCGGGGGGGUGCCACCUGAUGUGCACCCCAGUACCUCAUAUCACCCCAUUGCCCCCGAUUCCUGUGACACCGCGUGGCCCGGAUACAGGCGUCUGUUUACCCUGGGGUGAGCGGGGCAUGGGCCUGCCGAGACCCCCCACUCCCCUCCCGGGAGAUCCUGAUAGACACCCCACCCGCGCUCGUGGAUUGUUUAUUCUAGCUCGUGUGCGCGUGCUUGGUGCCGUGGGGUGGGGGGCUCUCGGAGGAGGGGCGUUGGAGCUGCUGACACCAUCAGGGGCCAGGGGAGACCCAGCGCAGCGGCCCGAGGACCCACCUACGUUACGCGCCUGGGGAGCCCCUUGCCACGUGCCCCGGGACUGCGUGGUUAAGUAUUUUUUUAUGCCGUUUUCUUUGCUGCCCUGCCUGUGGUUUUUGGCUUUGACGUCGGAUGAACUGUUCUUAAGGAUUAAAUAUUGUUUCGGUUUC